ACAAACACAAACACAAACACCAACACCAACAGAUACAGAUACAGAUACACCAACAGAGAAAAAAGCGUAUUCCUGUGUAAUGAAAAAAACUAUGGAGCAAGUCAUAUUCAACGUUGAUGAUGAAUAUUUUUUGUAUUCAGCAUCUGAGAUCAUUUGUUGCAGAAUUUGUCAUGAAGCAGAGUUCGAAACCUCUAAACCCUUGGAAACUCCAUGUUCUUGUUCUGGAACCGUCAAGUUUGCUCACAGAGAUUGCGUUCAGAGAUGGUGUGAUGAGAAGGGAAACACGAUUUGUGAAAUUUGUCUCCAGAAAUUUGAACCCGGCUACUCGCUAUCACCCCUCAAGAAGGCCUCUCAACACAUUGACGACACUCGUCUCACCAUUCGAGAAAGCUCGGAAGUUCCAAGAACAGAUGAAAAUCUAGAAACUGUUAACAUUGCUAUUGCCGGUGAUGAAGAAGAAAGCUUGGUUGAACAAGACUACGCCGCAGAGUGCUCAUCAGCUGCCGACACAGCUGCUUCUAUGUGCAGAACUUUGGCUCUCAUUUUUACCGUACUUCUACUAGUCAGACAUUCCAUUGGAGUCUUAAUGGGAGAAACAGGGGAUUACCCGUUUACGCUCCUGACGCUGCUAGUUAUAAAGGCUAGCGGGAUAUUACUUCCAAUGUACAUAAUAAUGCGGAUCAUCGAUGUGGUCCAUAACAGCAUCACAUGUCAAUAUCAGGAACCUAACAAUACCACAAUGAGCUUAGAGGAUGGAGGGCAUCACAGUUGAUGAUAUAACCUUUUCAUUUCAUUCCUCCACACAUACAAAUAUACGAUAUUUCAAAAACAAUACAAAGAGUCGGUACCAUAUAGAUAUUGUUUGUACUACCAGCUGCCUGUAUGUAUAUUAUUAGUAUCUUCCCCUA